AUGACAGGCAAGUGGUGCUGAUGCUGUGACAAUGGGAGUCAUCCAGAUAAGCAUCAUCUGGACCGAGUGUGCUUAAAAACACAGCAGCAGCACUCACGCUUAACUGACUGUGAAGGGACGGGAAGGCAGCCGGGUAGAAACGCGGAGAGGAACCUCCAGCUGCUGCGCUCAAAGGUCUAGAUAUGGGAGGGUUCAGUCGGCAGAAGUUCUUCCAGGAGCUUGCUCAUGGCUGCCUGCUGCCUACAGCUCAGCAGGGCCUGGAGCAGGUAUGGCAACUGCUGGUUAUCUGCCUGCUGUGUCGUCUUCUCUGGAUGCUGGGGCUCCCAUCCUUUGUGAAACACCUGGGCACAGUAGCAGGAGGUUUCUACACUCUCUAUCUCUUCUUUGAGCUUCACAUGAUCUGGGUGGUCCUCCUCAGCCUUCUCUGCUACCUCUUUCUGUUCCUGUGCCGCCACUCUACCAUCAGAGGCACCUUCCUCUCCAUCACUGUGCUUAUCUACCUGCUGCUGGGGGAGAUGCACAUGAUGGACACAACAAACUGGCACAAGAUGAGAGGUUCUCAGAUGGUGGUUGCCAUGAAAGCCAUCUCUCUCGCCUUCGAUUUGGACCGAGGUGUUGUGACCAGCGUACCCUCACCUAUUGAAUUCAUGGGCUACAUUUACUUUGUGGGCACAGUCAUCUUUGGUCCCUGGAUCAGCUUCAACAGCUACAAAGAAGCUUUAGAGGGGCGUAAGUUGAGCCUUUCAUGGCUUUUAAAGGUGUCUGUCAGCUGGGUGAAGAGCCAAGUCUGCCUUGUUAUUUCCAACUGUGUCGCUCCCUACCUCUUCCCUUAUUUCAUUCCAGUAUAUGGAGACAAGCUGCUACGAAGCAAAAAGAGGAGGAAGAUCAGAGGUACUCCAGCAAAGUGGUUGCUGGCGUAUGAGAACACCAUGUCUUUCCACUUCAGCAAUUACUUUGUUGGUUAUUUGAGCGAGACUACAACAACACUGGCUGGAGCAGGCUUCACAGAGGAGAAGGACAAUCUCAAAUGGGAUCUGACUGUAUCCAAGCCACUGAGUAUAGAGUUCCCCCGGUCGAUGGUUGAGGUGGUGACGUCGUGGAAUCAGCCAAUGUCUUCCUUUCUGCACACCUAUGUUUUCAAGAGUGCUCUCAAAUUUGGGACGUUCACCGCCAUCAUGGUGACAUAUACAGCCAGCGCCUUGCUGCAUGGUUUAAGUUUUCACCUGGGUGCCGUGCUACUAUCUCUUGGGUUCAUCACGUACGUUGAGCAUGUGUUGCGGAAGAGGCUUGCAGCCAUUUUUAAUGCCUGUGUCCUCUCGAAGAAAUGUCAGCCAAACUGCAGCCACCAGAAUAAAAAGAAGCUGUGGGUAUAUAUGAUUAACAUAGCAUUCAGUGCAUUGGCAAUUCUUCACCUGACGUACCUGGGCUCUGUGUUCAACUCCAGUGUGGACUACAUGGAGGAGGAUGAGGACGAUAUAACCCAUCAUACCAUUCAGAAGUGGUCAGAGCUGAGCUGGACUAGCCACUGGGUCACAUUCGGAUGCUGGGUUUUGUACCGCCUCAUUCUCUAAUAAUGAGAGACAGAGGAAAAAGAGAGCGUGAUGGAAGCAAUAAAGAUGUUUGUAAGGCUGGUUCUCCUCAUCUGCACUGUGACUUUAUCUGCAUCAGACUGAAGAGAACCCAAUCAACCUGGAAUCAACAACAAACCAACAGGCAGUGAUCAGGUUGCGCCGCAUGUUGGCUGGGUAAUCUAUUAUUCCAACCUGCUGGGGACUAGUUUUUGAUAUCCAUGAAAUGGUAGAUAACUCCCUCCUCCUUUUCCCCUCGUAUCGCACCCUUUUUUUAUCAGAGCCGCAGUUGUCGAGCCCUCGUGUUGUGACAGCAGUUGCCGAUGUCUCACUGCGAGUCACAAUCAAUACCUAUCAGCAUGGUGGAGAUCGGCUGCUCCUCUCUGUGGAGACAUGAUAGAGCACAUUAUCUGGGUUUCAGCGUCGACUGCGGCAGAUGUCCUCCAGAUGUGGUUUCCCCCUCACCUCAAGUGUUUUACAAUCGUAGUUUAGAGAUUGAGCGAUGAGGCUGGUGAUUUUAUAUGGUUUUCUUAUCUUUGACAAAUCCCAUGAAACAAAAAAAAAGAAAUGUGUUGUCUAUCUCUCAAAACCAUCAGAUUUCCCUAGCUUCCCUUGCAGUGUAGGUUUAAGGAAAUGUUUUUUAAACACACAGGACUUCAAUGUGCAUUUGUUGAGGACUAUUUUUAGUAGCGGAUUAGUACACAAUUCAUGCUUUUGUGAGAUUAUGCAGCAGCAAGGUGGUAAAAUGUGGGAUUCCCUCAAACCUGGCCUGCUUUUAAUAUAGUAGAAAUAUUUAAACCAGCACAUCAGUAAAGCUUACUGAUACUUUUUGGACUAUAAAGAAUUUUUUUAACACAAAUAAACAAGCCAAAUCCGGCUUCCACCACAGAGAUUACUUUUUUUUGGCUUUUCAUAGGAUUUGUUUGAAUGAAAAAAGAAUAUCUGACAUCUUAGAAAGAGAGAUUAGUCUCUUGAGCAUGUUAAAGUCAACAAAAAGAGUUUCUGUUUGAAUAAAAGGAGCACAGAAUAUGGUUAUGAGGCAGCAACUAUUGGGUAGCUGAUUAUAUUUUUCCCUUUUUAUGAAUCUUAGAGAAAGAAAAUCACUCACUAAUUUUAUGAAUGAAUUUUCUGUGGUUGAAAUUUACUACCUGUGUUUUGUGUUAUUUUGAUAACUUCCUCUAAAUUGAAUUAUUUGCAUUUACAUGAAAAAUGUCUUCUGAGUAGUAGUGAACAUUUGAAACACUGACACUCUUCAGUAUUUAAAAGUCAAGUUUAUAAUCAGGGUAUUUCACACACGUGUUACUGUAGAGGAAAAAUGUUUCAACCGUUCUUCCAUUAGAUGAUAUCAUAAAGUAUAUUGAGUAUUUAUCCAGAUUUUUAUCUCACUGCUGCUUUUAAAUGAUGCAUCUCUGUAAUUGAUGGUUACUUAAAGAAAGAUUUAAAGGAUCACCUGAAUCAGAUUGUGUUCACAUUUUGUCAACAUCUUCUAAAGGAUUUGCUCCUUGAGUAAGACGUAGUGUUUUAGUUUAGAGCCUGAAUGUUUGUUCAUGCCUGACAUAAAGUGCUCAGCUUCUGCAGACCAGAUACCACACAAUCCAACAAGAACAGUGUUUGGAAUAGAGUUCUAAAAUUUACUAUAAGGCGACUUUUCUCCCUGUAAUGUGAAGGCAUUGACACAUCUGUGAUAUUUUUAUAAAAUUUUACAUGAAACCUG